UUUUUGAACAUAGUACAUACAAUAAUUACAAGAAAUAAAACAGAUCAUGGGUGACCGAUACAAUAUUCACAGUCAAUUGGAGCACCUUCAGUCAAAAUACAUUGGUACAGGCCAUGCAGAUACAACCAAGUUUGAAUGGCAAGUAAAUCAACAUCGUGACUCAUGUGCUUCAUAUCUUGGCCAUUAUGAUUUAUUGAAUUGGUUUGGAAUUGCUGAGAAUGAAGCUAAAGCAAGGGUACGGUUCAAUUUAAUGGAAAAAAUGUUGCAGCCUUGUGGCCCUCCACCAGAAAAACCAGAUGAAUAGACUUAUGGACUAUUAAUGUAUUUUUCAGUUUAAUGUUUUAAUAUUUAACUAAGUUAAAAAUCUAUAUGUAUUAAAAAUCGUUUUUU